AUGUCUGGUAAGAAAAAUGCCUAUAAUAUUUCUUAUGAAGCUGUUAGUGAAUUGUCGCUUGAUCUCGCAUAUGGCUCGACAGAUCAAAAUGACAUCCUCCUGACUCAAGAGAAUCCAUUUGCAGAUCCGAUUGUUGCUGAGUACUAUAAAGAGGUCUAUGAAAAAGCAGGGUACGAAUGUAGAGAUGCCUUUGAUCCGUUGUUUGAGUGGAGUAAAUCCGAAGAAGAUAACAUUAUACGUAAGCUAGACUAUCGGGUUGCAUUAACUGCAUGUAUCCUAUUUGCAGGGUUACAGAUAGAUAGAGGUAACCUUGGACAGGCUGUAUCUGACAACAUGCUUGACGAUUUGGGUCUAGAUACGAAUAACUACAAUACAGGGAAUACUAUUUUUUUGGUGUGCUUCUUGUUGGCAGAAUUACCUUCACAAUUAAUCUCGAAAGCACUAGGUCCCGAUAUAUUUAUUCCAAUCCAAAUUGUAACAUGGAGUGUUGUUGCUAUGUCACAGGGUAUAAUAAAGGGAAAGCUAUCAUUCUAUUUAACCAGAGGAUUAAUUGGAAUGCUAGAAGGGGGGUUUAUCGCAGAUAUUGUUCUUUGGCUCACUUAUUUUUACAAAGCCAAGGAAUUGCCUAUCAGACUUUCGUGGAUGGCGUUGGUUGUUUAUAUUGGAGGGAUUAUGUACUUUUUGCAUUGGCUUAAUCUCCUUUUUUUGAUGGUACCAUCGGCAACUCAAACCAAGAAUAGUUUUCAUCCAAAAGGUUGGUUUUCUGAUCGAGAGGUAAAGAUUGUUGUGAAUCGUGUUUUGAGAGACGAUCCAUCGAAGGGGGAUAUGCAUAAUAGACAGGGUUUAAGUUUUAAAGCUAUUUUAGAUACACUAAGUGACUACGAUUUAUGGCCCAUAUACGUCAUUGGUCUCAUUGCAUAUAUUCCUACGGGAGCAUUAUCCCCUUACUUAACCCUAACUUUAAAACAAUUAGGAUUUUCAACGUUCAAUGUGAACUUAUUAACCAUUCCAUAUAGCAUUUUACACAUAAUCAUGCUUUUGAUGAUAACAUGGAUCUCUGAAGCUAUAAACGAAAGGGCAUUAGUUUGUUUGAUUUUACCUAUAUGGUCUAUACCUCUGCUUGCUCUCUUACGGUGGUGGAGUGGAAGCAUGGUGAAUGUAUGGGGAACCUGGUUGCUAUGUACACUCUUCUUAGGUGGUCCCUAUAUUCACGCAAUCUGUGUUUCUUGGGUGUCAAGAAAUUCAAACAGUAUCAAGACCAGGACAAUUGCAUCUGCCCUUUACAACAUGUCAGUUCAAAUGGGUAGCAUUAUUUCAUAUAAUAUUUACAGGAAAGAUGAUGCACCACUUUACCAUAGAGGUAACCAAACGCUAUUUAAAUUUGCAAUUCUGAUGUUUCCAAUACUACUAUUGGUCAAGCUUUAUUACGUUUAUAGAAACAAAUCUAGAGAUAUUAUUUGGAACAAAAUGACACUUGAGCAGCAAGAAGAUUAUAUUAAUAAUACAAGUGAUGUUGGUAACAAGCGUUUGGAUUUCAGGUUUGAUCAUUAA